AUGGCCAACACCCAGACAUUAAGGGAGCUGGCUACCCCAGACCUGACUCAUCAGCCCUUGUGCAUCACAUUCCCAACUCUGGCUGAAAAUACCUCUUUCGAGCUGAAAUCGGGCUUGAUUCAGCUCCUACCUUCGUUUCAUGGUCUUUCUGGUGAAGAACCCCACAAACAUGUCAAGGAAUUCGAAAAAUUCCUGGAAAAAUUCUUCCCCGCAUCCCGAGCUGCUAGUUUAAGAAAGGAAAUAUGCAGCAUCAAGCAGUACUCCGGAGAGUCAUUGUACGAUUAUUGGGAAAGGUUCAACAAGUUGUGCACUAGAUGCCCACAGCAUCAGAUUAGUGAACAACUGUUGAUCCAGUACUUCUAUGAGGGGCUCCAGCCAACUGACAGGAGUAUUAUUGACGCUGCGAGUGGAGGAGCCCUGGCAAACAAGACACCGAGGGGAGCGUGGGAGCUUAUUGAAGCCAUGGCAGAGAACUCUCAGCAGUUCGGCUUCCGGGAGAGUAACCCCCCUCGAAGGGUUAACGAGGUAGAGACGUCAUCCAUCCAGCAGCAACUGUCGGAGUUGACGUCUGCUGUUAGGCAAUUGGCCAUGAGAGACACACCGCGAGCAAAGGUGUGCGGAAUCUGUACUAGCAUGGACCACUGCACGGAUACGUGCCCCAUUAUGCAAGAGAACGGGGCGGAACAGGUAAAUAUGGCCGGAGGCGUGCCCGCGCCCCGCAGGCAGAAUGACCCGUAUUCCAACACAUACAACCCCGGUUGGAGAGACCAUCCCAAUCUCAGUUAUGGGAACAGGCAACCAAGUUCAUUCCCGAAUCGUCCACCAGGAUUCCACCAGCCUUGGCAACCAAAAUCUCAACCCUCAUCCUCCAAUUCAGGAAGCUCCUUGGAGGACCUAGUCAAAAGCCUGGCCACGACUACUACUCAGCUUCAUCAGGAGAUCAGAUCCUUGGCAGCAAAUACCGCGCAGCUCCAGCAGGACACCAAAGCGGACAAGAAGGACCAAGAAGCUCGAAUAAGCCAACUGGCAACUGCCAUUAACCGCUUGGAGUCCCACGUUUAUGGGAAACUGCCAUCGCAACCCGAGGUGAAUCCCAAGAAUGUAAGUGUCAUGACGCUGAGGAGUGGCAAGGAAUUGGAAGGGCCUAAAGUGAAAAAUUCGAAAAGCAAAAGCGAGGAGGAGAUAGAAAAGGAAAUUGAGGAGGAAGGACGUGUUCGUGAAGAUCCUAAGGUAACCUCCACCCCUCCACUCACUACUAUCUCUAACUUACCCCCUUUUCCUUGCAGGUUGGAAAAGACAAGGAAAGGAGAGAAGGAAAAAGAGCUCUUGGAUGUGUUUCGGAAAGUGGAGAUUAACAUUCCCCUGUUGGAUGCAAUCAAGCAGAUACCGAAAUAUGCUAAAUUUUUGAAGGACUUGUGCACCCACAAGAGGAAGCUAAGGGGAGAUGAACGAGUGGCGGUGGGAGAAAACGUGUCAGCUAUAUUUCAAAGGAAACUCCCACCAAAAUGUGGAGACCCAGGUAUGUUCACCAUUCCCUGCAAGAUAGGAGGUGCCUCGAUUAGACAGACAAUGUUGGAUUUAGGGGCGUCAAUCAAUGUAAUGCCUAAAACAAUUUAUACGUCCCUUAAUCUUGGUCCAUUAAAAGGCACAGGCAUUAUAAUCCAACUUGCAGACCGUACCAAUGCUUACCCGGAAGGGUUAGUUGAAGAUGUUUUGGUGCAGGUCAAUGAGUUAGUUUUUCCUGCAGAUUUCUAUGUCCUAGACAUGGGGGAUGAAAGGGCACUAAAUCCGUCUCCUAUUUUGUUAGGUAGGCCAUUUUUAAGCACUGCUAGGACGAAAAUAGAUGUAAAUGAGGGUACUUUGUCGAUGGAGUUUGAUGAGAAAAUUGUGAAUUUUAAUAUUUUUGAUGCGAUGAAGUACCCAAAUGAGACUAACUCUGUUUAUGCUUUAAGUGUUGUUGAGCCCCUUGUACAGGAAAUAUUUGAAUUGGAUGGGGUUGAUGCACUGGCAGUGGCAUUAGCCAAACAUCUUGAGUUGGGAGCAACUCCUGAUGUAGAAUUGAGUGAUGAGUUAUACCGGGCUGUUGGAGCACUGCAUUCGCUCCCACCACUCUCCCCAAGGUAUGAGCUUACUUCUCUCUUUGUACCAGAAACUCAGGCAAAAUUGUUGCCUUCUAUUGUGCAGGCACCUGAGUUGGAACUCAAGCCUCUCCCGAAGCAUUUGAAGUAUGCAUUUCUCGGAGACAAUGAGACGUUACCAGUCAUCAUAUCUGCUCACCUGUCACCAAGCCAAGAAGAUGACCUUAUUCAUCUUCUUCGAGACCAUAAGGAAGCGAUUGGGUGGAGCGUAGCAGAUAUCAAGGGAAUUAGCCCCUCUUUGUGCAUGCAUCGGAUCCGGCUUGAGGAGGAUGCAAAACCAGUGAGGCAGGCGCAACGGAGAUUGAACCCACUGAUGAUGGAAGUGGUGAAGAAGGAGAUACUUAAACUCCUAGAAGUGGGAUCAUUUUCGCCAUCUCAGAUAGUCCUUGGGUGA